AGCACACGGAGGCCGGGGCGCCCGGCGCCCGCCUGCGCCCGCGCGGGUGCCUGCACGCGGGCCGGGCCUUGCAUCGGACGGGGCGCCCCCUUCCCGGCGCCUCGGACCCCUGACGCGACGUCCUUGGAGAUCUGGGCGCACCACCGGGCGUUCUCUCCCUGCUUCGGGCCCGGCUCGAAGGUCGCCGCAGUCUUGGGCCCUGGGGCCCCCCUCUCGCCGCUGCGUGGCGGCUCGCGAUGGCCGGCGCGUCCACGCUGGACUUCCUCGGCCGCAACGACUUCAGCAGGCAGGCGCGCGCCGACGCAGCCGCGGCGGUGGACGAGGGCAUCGAUGCCGAGGCCCAGAUGCUGGAGAUCAUGGCCGUGGCCGCCACGAAGAGCAAGAACGGCGAGUUCAACGAGGCCCGGGCGCUGCAGCAGAGGACCGACAACACAUGGCCCUGCUCCUGCAGAUGAAGAGCUCCGGCGUCGUCCUCGACCAGGAGAGCGCGGACCGGGAGGCCGCCGAGCGGCAGCGGGACCGGCAGCGGAAGGACGCGGAGUUGGAGGAGUUCAAAGAAGCCAAAAGACCAGCAGCCAGGGCAGCGCCUUCCUCGACGAGGACGCCACCAGGAGAGCGGCGCAGAAGCUGGAGAAGCGGAAGCUCCCCAGCUUCCUCAGAGUGGGCGGCUCCAGGGGCGCCGCCGCCGACAGUGGCGCCGAGGCACAGACCCUGGCCGACGAGGCGCCGCCGCCCGCCGCGAAGCGGCGCUGCGCGGGCGCCGAGGACGC